UGGCGGAUGAGGGCGCCUCACAGCCGUGAGAAACACACAUCAUUUUCUCCGCUUCAGCUUCGCAGUGUGCGUGUGUAUCCCUUAAAGUGGGCUCGACGAUGAGCUCCAAGUAGUCUAGAAUAAGACAAAGAGCUUUUCGAGGGGAAAGCUCGCAGCCCCUUCGGUGACCUGGUGAUGUGAAAAACGUGAGCGGAGAGAGCUUUUACGAGCCGAGCCCCGCCGAACUGGCUGAAGUGAAGCAGCAGGGCUCGUGCCUGCUGGUGCUGGCGCAGACCAUCUGAUGACUAACUUCUGAAAAGUCCACUUGCGCCGUUCUUGCAGUUUUUCCCAGCUCGAGACUUCGUUAUAGCAUCAUGGUCAUCUCAGUCUCCUCGCCCAAUCUCCUGCUUCUACUCAUGAUUUCCUCCCUGGAUUGGCUGCCUUCUCCAGGAUCUGCCUUUCUUAUUGACCAGAACCACAUGACAUCAUCAGCUCCCUUUGAGCCACAUUUCACAGAGUGCAUAUCAAGGGAGCAGGUGACAUUCAGCUGUUGGUGGAGUCCAGGCACCUUUCACAACCUGUCUGCCCCUGGAGCACUCAAAGUCUUCUACCUUAAAAAAGAAAGAAUUUCCCCCAGUGAAUGGAAGGAAUGUCCAGAGUAUAACCAUUCAAAUAGGGAGUGUUUCUUUGAUGCAAACCACACAAUGAUUUGGGUCCCCUACUGCAUGCAGCUUCGUAGCGAAAACAACAUCACAUAUUUUAAUGAAGAUGACUGUUUUACUGUGGAGAAUAUUGUGCGUCCUGACCCACCCGUGUCCCUUAACUGGACUCUGCUGAACAUAAGUCCCUCUGGGCUAAGUUACGAUGUCACAGUCAGCUGGGAGCCCCCACCCUCUGCAGACGUUGGUGUGGGCUGGAUGCGCCUUGAGUAUGAAAUCCAGUACAGAGAGAGAAAUUCCACAAACUGGGAAGCAUUGGAGAUGCAGCCACACACUCAGCAGACAAUCUACGGUCUGCACACAGGAAAAGAGUAUGAAGUGCAUAUCCACUGCAGAAUGCAGGGCUUCAUUAAGUUUGGCAAGUUCAGUGACCCCAUCUUCAUCCAAGUGACUGAGAUUCCUAGUAAGGAGUCUACUGUCCCAGUCACUCUGGUUCUUAUUUUUGGGAUUGUGGGUAUUCUCAUACUCAUCAUGUUGAUAGCCAUCUCACAGCAGCACAGAUUAAUGUUGGUUCUGUUGCCACCUGUUCCUGCACCUAAAAUCAAAGGCAUUGAUUCAGAGAUGUUAAAGAAGGGAAAACUGCAGGAGCUGAAUUUUAUGCUGAAUGGUGGAAAUGGAGGUGGUCUGCCAACUUAUACAACAAACUUCUAUCAAGAUGAGCCAUGGGUUGAGUUUAUUGAGGUGGAUGAGGAAGAUGCAGAUACUGCGGAGAAGGAGGACAACCAGGGCUCAGACACCCAGAGGCUCCUGGGGUUACCCCAACCCGUCAGCCACAUAAUUUUAGGCUGCUCCAACACCAUCAGUCAACCUGAUGAUGAUUCAGGCCGGGCCAGCUGUUUCGAUGCAGAUGUGUCUGAACAGGACACCCAAAUGCUGAUUGCCACUCUUCUGCCAGGCCAACUUGAGGAUGAAGAAGUCUCCCUGGACUUUGCAGAAAGUACCCCAGCCUUGGAGAGAGGUGAAACGCCCCUUGUCCAAACCCAAACUGAAGGACCCCAGACUUGGGUCAACACAGACUUCUACGCCCAAGUCAGUAAUGUUAUGCCCUCUGGGGGCGUGGUACUGUCUCCUGGCCAGCAACAUAGAAUCCAGGAAAACACCUCAGCCUCAGAGAAGGAAAUACAAAAGAAGGGAAAACAAAAUGAAGACAAUGAGGGGCAGAAAGAAGAAGAGCCUCAGUUUCAGUUGCUGGUGCUGGAUCCAGAGGGAAGUGGCUACACUACAGAGAGCAACAUCCAGCAGAUUAGCACUCCCCCUAGUUCUCCCAUGCCUGGGGAGGGAUACCAAAUCAUACAACCUCAGCCAAUGGAAACCAAGCCUGUUGCCACAAAAAAUGCUAAUCAAUCACCUUACAUUCUUCCUGACUCUCCACAAUCCCAAUUAUUUCCCCCUGUUGCAGACUACACAGUGGUACAGGAGUUAGACACUCAUCACAGUCUGCUCCUCAACCCACCUCCCCACCAGUCUCCCCCUCCCUGCCUGCCACAGCACCCCCUCAAAUCCCCUAUGCCUGUAGGUUACAUUACCCCAGACCUGCUGGGGAACCUUUCACCAUGAAAUGACAUUGCUGUGAGAUUUUAACUGUUCAGCUAGUCAGUCAGGAAGUCCCUUGCAAGUUGUGCUACCUGAUUCCUGCUGGAAACCAAAAAAAACAAAACUUGCAGCACACUAAGUGUAUGAGCAUGUCCAUGUUUUCAGAUCAUGUUCAGAGAAAGAUGUAAAGCUGCACAUUAUAUUCUUAAUUGCAAAAGUUGAUGCAGAAACAGCAAAAAAGGCAACAUCAUAAACAAAAUGCACAAAUAGCUCUUUUUAACAUCAUGCAUGAUUGUAAUGAAUCAGAAAAAAAAACAUCAAGUCUGUGAUGAAAUGCCUUAAGUUGCGUUACAUUUCGGGCUAACUGUGUGUUAGAGCAGUGACAUACUGAAGUCUUAAUCUUACAGUGAGAUGUCAGUGUAUCGGUGAAGAGAACACAACAUUGUUGUCUCUGACAUUGACAGAAUUUGCCCUGCAGAGGUGUAUUGCCACUUACAUUUCUAUAUUUCAUAUCUCAUAAUUAUAUGUUAUUAAUACCUCACAAGAUAUAUAUUUUUCUACAUAAAGUCAACACUGUUAAACAGCUAUGCAGGUUUGCAUCCCUGGCCUCAUUUUAUCAAAACUGUUUGUGUUUUCAUGAAUAAGAAGCCAAACUUAGAAGAUAAGAUGUCAAGACAUUUUCUCUGUAGAUGCAAAUUUGGUGGGAUUGAUUACAUCAACGGCAAGAAACAAAUGAGAACAAUAAACCAAAGUCAGAAGAGCCUCUUAAUUUAGGAUCACUGUAGCUCUGUCUUUCCUUAGGGAGUGGUGAAAGGGAGGCUGAGUGAUGAAGGAAAACCCUUCUUGAAGUUGAUAAGUCAGCUAAUAAGAGAGAUUAAAACACCUGAUAAAUCUUUCUUGAUAUAAUUUGAUCAUCAAAGACUGUCCAUGUCUCGCUUUUGAGUUUCCCUUCAUCUUUAACAAAGGUUUUUUAUUUUUCAUUCAUUUUCACAUUUACUGGGAAACACAUGUCACUUACAGAACUGAAGUGCAUUUCCUCUAAAUUGAGGUUAGGAUUUGCUCAGUGGGGGUUCAUCUGUGCAAACUGUGAUGUAGAACAUGUAGCACCACCAAGUGCCUCACUCAAAGGCAUGCUAUUUCAGUUUUUAAGCAAAAGAAAAUGAAUGCAUAUGGCUAUUACCCAUUAAUAAUCUUUAAACUGAAACUUUAUUGGUCAAGCUCUCUGUUAGAAUUGUAUCCCCUUUAUGUCGCAUUGUUGCUGCAGGGACAGCAACUGGAACAAGUUGAAAGACUGAAAGUGUAAAAUACAUGUAAUUAGUCCAAACUAUACUUUCUAUCUGCCACUUAUACCAUCUAACAUUCUGCCUAUUAAGAUGGUAUUGGCUUGCCAUGUCAGUGUUAUGGUACUGUUCAUUUAUGCAUUGUCAUAUUCAAACAAGAACUGCUAUAUAUGACUUGAUGUAAAUCUUUAUUGUGCGCAGAUAUACAACAAAACAUUUGCCCAAGUGCUAACACAGAAACAUGCAUGCAUGCUUAUAUUCAUAUAAUACUUAAAAGAAAAAUUUGCCUUAAUUAUAUAUUGUACUUAAAUAGCUUUUUUGAUAUAGCCCUAUAUAUUGUGAGCUGAAAAUUGUUUGCACAGUUUUCAAACCAAAAAUGUACCUCAAAAUUUAUAGAGAAAGAUUUUUGUACAAGUUUAGAUCUGACAGCCCCCCAAAGAGCCCCAGAACGGUUAGUCAGAUAGCAUUAGCAACAUGUGUGUUAUAAGGCAUGAAUGUAGUUAGCACCUUCCUGUACUUUUCUUAAAAUAAUCGCAUUUAGGAUAUUGUUUAUUCAGAAUUUGUCGCAUAAUCAAAUUAUUUUAGGCCUAUAUAAGAAGCCUGUCCUUAACUCUUUGAUAAUGUAAACUUUUAUAGCAAAAGAUACAAGAUUUUAAACUCAUCGUGUUUUCAUCUUCUGAGUUCUACCGUAAAGACUCAACAAUAUGCAUUUGACAACCAGGACAGCAUUGUAUAUUGUGUAUAAUAAUCUGUCAAAAUCAAGAGAGCUCACCUUAUAGGCAUGGUUUGUGAUGCUACACAAAGAAUUUCCAUAUCAACAAGUCUGUGGCUGAAUCAGAGCCAUUGUUGUACAACAUCAAAUUGCAACCUCCAGAUGAACGUGAACAAAACAUACUUAACAGUGGAAGAGAAGUACUCCCAGGCUAUGAUUUAUCCUGUUUUGGGCUCGUUCAUGAAAUGAGUAGGCAGAUAACCUGGAUACAUAUAAUAGGGUUUUGUUUUUUGUUUUUUUGUUUGUUUUUGUAUCAGAAAACCACAUAACAUUGAGAGACAAAGAUGACAGUUUUAAAAUGUGAAUCGGAUAAAUAUGCUCUAUUUUUCUCUCUCUGGUUCUCUCCUGUCUUUGAAAAAAAAAAAAGAAAAAAAGACUGCUGCUGCUGCCUAGUGCUGAUGAUGCCAGCAAGUAAAUGCUGUUGCAGAAAUGUCUUAAUAUAUUCACUGUUGCUGUAAAAUUAUAGUAUAUAUUUUUAUGUCAUUAAUGUUACUAGUUACAAUGUAAUGCUGCUUGGUUCAUGUAUAUUUUCUACAUUCAGCCUUACCGUCAUGGGGAGGGUUUAGUCGUGAGAACGCAAUGAGAAUGUAAAUCUUUUAUGAUAAAACUUGCAAAUUGGUUGGGACUGAUGAUCUUAAAUCAGUCUGAACAAAACAGGAAGAUGUGAUUUGUUCAUUUUUCAGCAGCAUAACAAUAAAUAUAGUCGUGCCUCAGAGUCUGUGCCUGUCCAAAGAUCCCAGAAGUCUCCGGUGUUCAUGAAGAAUCGAGGAAGAACUGUCGAGGCUCUGUUUUGGUUGUACGAUGGUAACUGUGAAUGUGUAACUGGAAUAUGAAAUGCCUUUACAAUACUGAGGAAAACGUUUUAAACAGUGUUUGUAUGGAGGACAGUCAGAUGCAUAAAUUGGGAGGUGCUUUUUUUUAUUUUUUAUUUUUAUUCAAGCUUAUGGUACAAAUGUUUACUACAUGUGAGUUUUUAUUCCAGUUUACUGCACUCAUUCAUAAAGUAAUGUCAACAGUUCUAAGUGUUGUUUGAAGCUUAAAAUGUCAAAAACACUUAAGAGGAAGCACUUUGUACACAUACAGUAUAUAUCUAAUGUUUAAAAUAGUUUAUUGACUUUAUAUCUUGGAAUAAAUCAAGUGUGUGAUUUACAUGUUACUAUAAAACAGCAUUGUGUUUUCUAGUCAGCACAACAAUCAGACCGUGAGGAACCUUCAAUAAGCUUCACUUUUAUUCUAAAGAGUUUAUGUUUAUAGAAAGUAUUUUACACUAACAGUGCUAGAAUGAUGUACUGUAAUGGAUAUUCAAGAUAGAUCAUUUAUGAAGUCAUAUGGAAAUAUAGGGUGUUAUGAAAUGGUUAUGUUGAAACUCUGUGUUCUUUCUUUUCUCUCACUAUGUGAUUUCCACAGUUCUUUACUGAGUGCAUUCUGUUGGGGCAGAGCAUUUUGAAAUGAUGCAUUUUGGUCUGCAGCCUCACUGUUAUGUGCAAGAGUGGCUUCUGUCGCUCACUUAAGUCUGGAAGUAAUCUUGCUGGAAUUUGUGCUGGUUGUUACUGUUUAUCAACCAAACAACAUUCAGCCACACAUUUUUUAGCUUCUUAAGGAAAUUGUUUAAUUCUUGACUGAAGUACUGCGGUAUACUUUUCCUUUUUUUUUUUUUUUUGCAGGACAUUCAGUGGCUCCAAUCUUUCUUCCCAUGUUCAAUGUGUUCUCUGCCAUGGAUCAUCCAGGCUCAUAAAACUGGAAAUAAUCCACAUGCCAGACUUGGAAGCAGACUUGAGCAUGAAAAAUGCCAUAAUUUAUCAGUCUGCACUGACUUCAAUGAUUAAUAUGACUCCUUUUUUUCAUUCUUUCUUUUUUUUUUUAUUUGUCACCUUUAUGUUUUUUCAGCAUCACCCCUCUCCUUAGAGCAUCUGUACUCUUCUAGUGUUUGCUUCAGGCCAAAAACUGUUGGCCCCUGAUAAAGUGUUCAUUUUCUUUCACAAUUGAGCCUUUCUGGCAUUGUAUGUGUGAUCAAUAAGCUCUCAACAAGUUACACAAUAAAUAUGCAGCAUCUUG